AUGACCAUUGAUGCCGCAGCUGGCGGAGCCCUAAUGGACAAGCCUUUCAAGGAGGCAUACGAGCUUAUUCAGAAUAUGGCGCAGAACCAUUAUCAAUCGGGGAGCGAACGCACUCCUGUAGAGAAAUCUCAAUCCAAGGGAGGUAUGCAUGAAGUCAGCAACCUUGACCAUAUGAACGCCAAAGUGGAUGCGUUGUUCCAUAAGUUGGAUAACUUGAAAAUCGCUCCACCAGCUACUGUUGCUGCCGUAACUCCCAAUUGUGAAAUAUGGGGAACCCCAGGACAUGUUGCUGCAGAGUGUCUGUUGUUAGCAGAAACUGAUCAAGUGAAUUACGCGCAAGGAAACCCGUACACGCUAACACCACCCCCCGGUUUCCAAGGACAAAGAGGAGCCCCUGUUGCUCCGAAAAAGUCUAACCUGGAGCUCAUGAUGGAAAACUUUGUUUUAACUCAAACUCAGCAAAACAAGGAGUUUAUGAAUCAAAACGUUCAUACGAAUGAAUUGAUUAAGCAGUUGGCGCACAAAGUUGACUCCAUGGCCACUCAUAAUAAAAUGCUUGAGACGCAGGUAUCCCAAGUGGCCCAACAACAAGCAGCAACAGCUGCCCCAACCGGAACAUUUCCGGGCCAACCGCAACCAAAUCCUAAGGGACAUGUUAAUGCAGUAACAAUACGAAGCGGAACAGAGUUAGACAACAGUCUUGCUGCUGUGAGAGUUAGGAGCCGAGACGACGGAAAGGCUAAAGACCUUGUGAGUGAGCUAGUUGACAUUGGAGAGACAUCUAAGUCUCAGGAGGUAACAAAAAAAGAAAAAGAAAAACCUUAUGUACCUCCUCCACCUUAUAAACCUUCAAUCCCUUACCCUCAAAGACUCGCGAAGUCUAAAACUGAGAGCCAAUUUAAGAAGUUUGUAGAACUUCUAAAAUCUCUUCAUCUCAGUAUUCCAUUUUCGGAGGCGAUUACUCAAAUGCCUUCGUAUGCCAAAUUCUUAAAGGAAAUUCUUACUAACAAAAGGAAGAUUGAUGAUAAUGAGACCGUAGCACUUACUGAGGAGUGCAGCGCUAUUAUUCAGAAUAAGAUGCCACCCAAGUUAAAAGAUCCAAGGAGUUUUUCAAUUACUUGCGUUAUAGGCAGCCACAUCAUUGAUAAAGCCUUGUGUAAUUUAGGAGCUAGUGUGAGCCUGAUACCAUUAUCCAUCUGUAAAAAGCUAAACUUAAGAGAGUUGAAACCAACUAGAAUGUCUCUGCAAUUAGCUGACCGUUCGAUUAAACAUCCAGUCGGGAUAAUUGAAGAUGUCCCUCUUAGAAUCGGUCAACUAUACAUCCCCACUGACUUUGUAGUCAUGGAUAUUAGUGAAGACUCUCUUACUCCUAUCCUCUUAGGAAGACCUUUCCUGGCCACCGCAGGUGCCAUAAUUGAUGUAAAGAAAGGAAAACUCACUUUUGAGGUUGGCGAUGAGAAGAUUGAGUUCAUUUUAUCUCAAUUCAUGAAAAGCCCCUCCAUAAACGAUACACGUUGUUUUGUUGACAUAAUAGAUGCAUGUAUCAAGGAGUUUUCAACUGAAGCUGAACCAUCUGAGGAAAUAAUUGAAGAUCCGAUAGAGGAAGUAAAAGAGAUGGAAGAAGUCAGUGAUUAG